AUGGAUCAUGGCGGCGCGGUCCUGAGAGUGCAGCUCCGGCUCAGCGCAUGCACCGGCCUCAUCCGAAGCGCACGAGCCGUGGGCCAAUCAGAAGCCGUCUGUGCGAGCGGACCAAUCAGCACGGGCGGACCGCGGGACUCUGAAUUUCGCGGGGACGCACUUUUCGCGGCAAAAAACGACAAACCCCCGUUUCCCCGUGCGUGUGACGAGGCACUUGCACCGGGGACCAGAGGCUCUCACACCGGGGACCAGAGGCUCUCACACCGGGGACCAGAGGCUCUCACACCGGGGACCAGAGGCUCUCACACCGGGAGGAGCAGCAGCGGGAGUCGGGCUGUGAGCGCUGCAAUGAACGGGCCUGCCUCGCACCGGCCCCCCACCAUGAUGCGUCUGCCUAAGGGCCUGUCUCCCGGCCCUUGUGGCCUCAUGCCCCCCUCUCUGCCGGGCUCACACCACAAGACUGCCAAGGCCAGCACUCCGGGCGCCACGGUGAGUCUGGCCAGUCCGGUACCUGCCGGAUACUUCACCCAGAUCUGCAACACCAGCGCCGCUGAGCUCAGGGCACACAGCCUCUACUCCACCCCCCACGGCCCGCACGGCAAACCCAACCGCUGCUCCACGGGAAGACUCCCGGCCAAGAGGAAGCUGGACCUGGAGGACCCGGCCUACCUGCCCGAGUUCCGUACUCCCAAAGGCAAAGGCAUCGUCACCCGGAUCCCCAGCCCCCACACUCCAAAGUCUCCAGGGGAGAGGACACGCUACGACACCUCCCUCGGCCUCCUCACCAAGAAGUUUGUGAAUCUGAUCGCGGAGAGUCCAGACGGAGUUCUGGACCUGAACUGGGCCACGGAGGUCCUGGAGGUCCAGAAGAGACGCAUCUAUGACAUCACCAACGUCCUGGAGGGAGUGCAGCUCAUUCGCAAGAAGUCCAAGAACAACAUCCAGUGGCUCAUUGGGGACGUGUUUGAGGGCAGCUCCAGCGGUGGGGAGAGGGCCCGGACCCUGAGGAAGGAGCUGAGUGAGCUGGAGAGAGCAGAACGAGCCCUGGAGGAACUCAUCACCUCCAGUACCACACAACUCAAACAGCUGACGGACGACCAGAGCGGACAGAGGCUGGCCUAUGUGACAUACCAGGACCUGCGCUCCAUCUCCAGCCUCCGGGACCAGACCGUCAUCGCAGUCAAAGCUCCUGCAGGAACCAAGCUGGAGGUUCCUGAUGCACAAGGGAGCACUUUACAGAUGUACCUAAAGAGCAGCACAGGGCCCAUCGAGGUCUACCUGUGUCCAGAGGAGGGUCUGGAGGACGCCAGUCCUGUGAAGCCAGGCCUGACCCCAAAGACAGAGUUCCCGUCUCCUCUGGGGCCCCCCGCACACCUGGCAACCUCCACACACGACUACUGCAGCCGAGCAGAGCCCACACAGUCGCGUGCCCCCCCUGCUGUGGCCCCCUCCCCCUCUCUGCUGGACGUGGAGGGGCUGCUGGGUCUGCCCCCCAGACUCCUGCAGAUGACCGAGGACCAACUGGCCUGCCCUGGAGCCUCCGUGGGCCCCUUCGUCAGCUUCUCUCCCCCCCUGGACCACGACGACGACUACCUGUGGAGCCUGGAGGAGCACGAGGGCGUGUCCGACUUCUUCGACUCCUACGACCUGGGCGACCUGUUGAGGCCGAGCUGA